CUGGAUAAGAAUGCAGCCCAUUUAGUCUCGUCUUCUUCCCACUUGCUCUUCCUGGACUCGCUCGACCAGUAGGCGACAGGGGAACCGAAGCCGCCGUCGUCUCUUCUCUGGAUCGCAAGCUGCGCGCAAGGGAGGGAAGAGGGGAGAAGAGAAGAGAAGAGGUGGUGGUGGUGGGUGGAAGAAGUGGGGCGGGAUGAGCGCGGAGAGGCCCGUGCCGCGCCGGGAGAGCCCGUGGGGUCUGCCCGAGGGCGACACGCGGCAGCCCAAGGCACACCGCUGCAACGACCGCGCCGAGGACGUCGUCCAGGCUUGCUUUGAAGGGAACCCAUUCAAGACAGUUCCAGGUCCAUUCAAGCUCUUCUGGCAAUGCAUGCGAUCUAAACCUGGGGAGGAACCAACCGAGCCCUAUACCUACCUGCAGCUAGAUCCUCCGAGAAGAGUGGAAGUGAAUCUGGAGCAAACAGCUUCUGAAUCUUGAACGAGCAUGCCUAGUUUAUUAUCUCGUACAAAUUUGUCUUCACCUUUCAAGCAGCCUUUUCCUCCUUGAAGCUGCAUAUGUUUGGAUGUUUAUAAUAAUCUAAUAAACCCUGAUCUACUCUGAGUCGCUUUUCCAGGCGGCGAAUUCCUUGAAAUGGGUGUUGCUGAUGUAAGAAUCGUGUCCCUUUUCUGAUAAAUCAUGCACUUCCAAGUCAACAUGCCGCCAGCCUUCAGAGUCAACACCUCUGAAUGCCACUGUUCAUGUUCUGUCUCCUAGACAUGGCCUCUGAAACAGAGUUCCAAAUUUCAAAACAUCCAAACAUAUGCACAGUGGCAUUCUGUUUAGUUCCAAAUUUUGGUGUGUAUCUGUCUGUCUGUCUGUCUGUUUGUUCAUACUUCGUACCAGUAUUUGUGUACAGCGCUUUAUAAAUGCUGCUUGAUUGCUCCACUGAUUGGUGUGAGAGAGUUUGAGACCA